UGACAGCCCAGUCUGUGGGUCCCGGGUCCUGAGAGGCAAGCGGGCUAAGAGGUCAGUGCUGUAAGGAACCGUUCAGGUUUUGAGGUUCCUGCAAACUAUUUGGAAACUGACAGAGAUUUCCAGCUAGAGAUGGUGGUGAUGAAUAGCUUGAGGGUCAUUCUUCAAGCUUCUCCAUGCAAAUCACCAUGGAGAAGUUUCCAGGUUCUUCAGUCCAUGCCAGUGAGGCCCUGCAGUCUCUACACCUGCACUUAUAAAAGCCGGAACCGAGCCUUGCAUCCACUCUGGGAGAGUGUGGACCUGCUUCCUGGGGGUGAUCGUCAGUCACCCAUCAAUAUCCGGUGGAAGGACAGUGUUUAUGAUCCUGGCUUAAAACCUCUCACCAUCUCUUAUGACCCGGCUACCUGCCUCCACGUCUGGAAUAAUGGGUACUCUUUCCUUGUGGAAUUUGAAGAUUCUACAGACAAAUCAGUGAUUGAAGGAGGACCCCUGGAACACAUCUACAGACUGAAGCAGUUCCAUUUUCACUGGGGGGCAAUUGAUGCCUGGGGCUCUGAGCACACUGUGGACAGCAAAUGCUACCCAGCAGAGCUGCACUUGGUACAUUGGAAUGCAGUCAAGUUUGAAACCUUCGAGGAUGCUGCGCUGGAAGAAAAUGGUUUGGCUGUGAUAGGAGUAUUUUUAAAGCUAGGCAAACAUCAUAAAGAGCUACAGAAGUUGGUGGAUUCUUUGCCAUCAAUUAAGCAUAAGGACACCCUUGUGGAAUUUGGGUCAUUUGACCCUUCCUGCAUGAUGCCUGCCUGCCCGGAUUACUGGACAUACUCUGGGUCUCUGACUACCCCUCCCCUCUCUGAGUCUGUCACCUGGAUCAUUAAGAAGCAGCCAGUAGAGGUUGAUCAUGAUCAGCUUGAGCAAUUUCGGACCUUGCUUUUCACUUCUGAGGGGGAGAAAGAGAAAAGAAUGGUGGACAACUUUCGCCCCCUUCAGCCCUUGAUGAAUCGUACUGUCCGAUCAUCCUUCCGCCAUGAUUACGUGCUGAAUAUACAAAAGAACCCCAAGACAAUUGCCAGCCAAAUGACUCCCUAAGAUGUUCAUAUCUAGGCAAUAUUUUGCUUUAAUACAUAUUAGCUUUAAAAAAUUGUUAACUAGACUAUUUUAAGUACCUUCAUUUUAAUAUCUUUAAAUAUAUAUUUCUUUCUCUUUUUUUUAGCAUUUCAAAGUCACUAUCCCAGCAAGGCAGGGACAGGGAAACAGAACAAUAGAAAAACAACUGAAUAGUUAAUACGGGGUUACUUUAAGUUACAAUUUUUUGUGUGAAAGAAUUAAGGCAGAAUUACUGCUUGAACAAUGCCAUGGU